UCCGAGGGUGCGCGCGGCAAAUUUCGCGGCGAAAUCAUACCUAUUCUGACGACUUUAGCGCCUAUUAUUUGGGCCCAAUUUCGAAGUACAACGUCAUUUUCAAAACCUUCCAUAGAUUCAUUCGAACCUAUUCAGAAUGUCGACUCCAAUCCUUCAUCUUCAAAGAGGAAGAUUCAAAAGGCUGCUACAGAUGAAAUCGGUGGUCUCUUCGAUGUGAUCUGUUCAAGUCAUGACUUCAGUUACUUGGCUAACACACAAGUAUUUUGUGAAGCCGGAAAUGAUGACGUUACCUGUUUUGCAUUCCUUCAUUCUCUUAUCCAAUAG